AGGGCCCGAGGGCCUCGGGAGCCGCGCCCCGGGGCGGCGCGGCGCCGGCGACCCCCCCCCGCCUGGGCCCAUGGCGCGCCAGCGGACGCCGCCCCGCGGGAGCACGCCGCCCCGGAAGCUUCUGCGCUCCGAGGCGGCCCCCGGCCCUCAGGUCGUCUACUCGCCGGGCAAGCAGCUGGAGGCGGACGGGCGGCUCCACGACGCCGACGCGGAGGUCCGCCACAUGCUGCGGCACAAGGGCCACUCUGAGGAGGACAUCCGCCGCAUCAUGUCCCACACCGCCCCGGGCACCGUGGACGAGCGGCACCAGGAGCAGGCGCAGCUGGGCGCGGCGGAGGCGGGCCCCGCGCGGGCGCGGCGCGGCGGCAGCCCUCCCGCGCGCCGGUUCGCCGACCACGCGCGCCUCCUCGGCGGCCGCGGGGUGGCUGCCGUCGGGGCAGUGGCGGACAGUCAGGAGGAGCUGCGCGACGCCCUGUGCUCGUCGGCCCCAUCUGCGCCGCCGACGCAGCGCCCGGCGCCACCGCUCCUGUUCGACGGCGGCGCGCCGAGCCCGGGCUCGCCAUCACGGGCCCCCCCUGUGCGAGCCACGGGCGGCCGCACCUUGGGCAGCGGAGGAAAAGCAG